CAACUGGUCACAUGGUAUCCACAGUCAGGAAGCAGAGAGAAAUGGAUGCUGGUGCUCAGCUCACUUUUUCUUUUUUUAUGGACUAACAUCCCAGUUGAUAGGAUGCUGCUGCCCACAUUCAGGGUGGAUCUUCUCAAUUUAAUUAGCCUCCUCUGACUCGCUUACAGACUUUCCCUGAGGCCUGUCCCCUGCAUGCGUCUAGAUUCUGUCCAUUUGGCAAUCAAUAUUGACUAUCACAGUGGACAUAACCUCAAAGGACCUACUGCCGGUGACCUACUUUGUCAGCCAGGUCCCAUCUUCUGGUUCCACAGCCUUCAAAUGGUGACACAAGCCAGGGUCCCAACAUUCAAAACACGAGCUUACAGGAGAUAUACUAGAUCCACGUCACAAUGCCCCAGUGGUCUGAUGUCCUUCAGCCAGGUUCCAGCUUUUUCAAGGAUCUACCAUCUUCCACUGGUACCGCAGGCUGGUGACCAGGCCUUUUCAUAAACCACUGAGGACAACUCAGAUCCUAACAACAACAGCCUACCCAGAAGGUGCUCUUGGCAUCUUGUGAGUACAGGCUGAGGAUGCUGCUGGCCUUCCUUAAGUCAUUGUCACCCAACCCCCAAUGCGAGAAGGCCAGAGCGAAACACUCAGUGGAGAGAAGAUUGUAUUCAUUGCCUUACUCAGUGAAAGGGUGUGUAAAAGUGGAGGCAGGUGGAUCAGAAAUUCAAGGUCAUCCUCAGCUACUUAGCAAGUUCAAGGCCCUGUCUCAGAGUGGGGAAAGUACAUACCUAAGUAUUCCAGGCUCCAUUAAGUAGACCCACGGGACAGCCUGUCUUCAGCAUAUUUGUGGAAUGUAACCAUUGCCAUUCCUCCCCAGCCUCCACGUUAGUCCUAUUUCUGGCUCUGACGUGGCCUCUUGAGACCUUUCUAUUAUUGGCUUAAGGAAAAGACUGAUGGACAAUUUUUACUGCUUUCAGAAAAUGUUUUUCUUAGCUUGGAAAAUGAAUAUAAAAAUCAAGUCUUAAAAUUUGCGGUUGCUGUCGUGGGUUGUUUUUUCGGCAUUUUGAUGGAUGAAAUGAAUGUUUUUAAUCGACAGCAUUAUCUUUUAAAAGUUAUUUAUUAUUGUGUGUGUGUGUGUGUAGUGUGCAUAGGUGAAGGCACAUGCCACAGCUUGCGUGUGGAAGUCAGAGGACAACCUAUGUGGAUGCCAGGUGGGCUGGCUAGUUUUAUGCCAACUUGACAUAGGCUGAAUUCAUCUAAUAGGAGAAACUGCCAAUUGAGAAAAAAACACCUCCAUAAGAUCGGGACUGUAGGGCAUUUUCUUAAUUAGUGAUCAACUCAGGAGGGCCCAGCCCAUUGUGAGAAGUGCCAUCCCUGAAGUGGUGGGUCCUGGGUUCUAUAAGAAAGCAGGGUGAGCAAACUAUGGGGACCAAGCCAGUAGGCAGCACCCCUCCAUGGCUUCUGUAUCAGCUUCUGCCUAUGAGUUCUUGUCCUGUUUGAGUUCCUGUCCUGACUUCUUUCAGUGACAGACUAUGGAUGUGGAAAUGUAAGCCAAACAAACCCUUUCCUCCCCAACUUGCUUUUUAGUCUUGGCGUUUCAUCACAGCGAUAGUAACCUGAACUAAGACACUGGGAAUUGAACUCAGGUCACCUCCACAAGCUGAGGCUCACCACCCCCGUAUUACUGUUAAAACUUUUUCUUAGUCCGUUCAUGCAUUUGUUCAAUGUGCACACAUGCGUGUGUGCAUGCUUGCUAUAGCACACGUGUGCAGGUCAGAGGACAGUGUGCAGGAGCCAGGGGUGGAACUCAAGUCAUGGGGCUUGCAUUUCAAUCACUUUUUCCUGCUGAGCCAUCUGUGUCUACCUCAGCGUUACUGUUAGUCAUUAAAAUGAUUGUCUUCCUCCUGCAGCAUCUCCUGAAAGAAGCAUAUUUCUGCAACCAUAUCUCCGCUGCCUUUGUGUGGACUCUGAUGCUGAAAUGGAUAUACCCUUGCAAAGGCUUGUGUGGCGUGCUCAGACCUAAAAAACCACCAACAAAAUAGACUAGUGCGCUAGUACUUGAGAUCUGAUUUUUUUUUUUAUAACAAACAAGACAUUUAUCAGAAAUAAGAAAAUGCAGCUCUUGCUCUCUCAUUUAAUGUUGAAAGAGGCAGGAAAUUGGAUGUCACAGGUGUCUUUUUGCACCAGCUUAUGUCAAAUCCUCCCUCGUUUCCAUGCAAACAUUAUUUGCGUGGCUUAACAGAUUUUAUUCGAGAAGUAGAAGUUCCUUCAGCAUAUUAUUUUUCUCACGGAUGUUGGUGACUUUAUUUGGCUGGGCACAGGCAUCGGGGGACAUUCAGAUAGGACAGUGCAAGGACAGAUAUGAAGAGCGAACAUUUGUCUGGUUCUGAAGUCGCGCACAGUUCCUGAAUUCUCCACAGUGCCGAGGCUUAUCUCUGGGCGCCAUACCGUCUUAUCUGACGUUUUCUUCCUUUCUUUUUCUGGAGAAGAUUUACAACCCAGAAAAGUCACGCCAUCAUUUCUGUUUCCAAAUUUUACCCUGGUCUUUUAAUUUUGUUACAUGCUCCCCAUUGACUCCAAGCAUGCUGCUAAGCAGUCUAAAAAUUCCCAGAGCAUAUUUGACUUUGUAGGCACACUGGCCAUUAUCUUUUCCCAUACCUUUUUAUAGAAUGUUAAUAAAUUCCAGGUUAUGAAAACUUUGAAAAGGCCUGUUAAAGGCAGGCUGGGGAGAAAGGGACCAGAAGUAUGUUCCUACGAGGCCAUGGGGAAUUAGACCUUAAGUCUAGAAUUAGGGAGGAAGAGGAAAAUUGGCUUAGUAAAAGUUAAAGAAAAGACGCUCUUUUUUAGUGACACACUCAGGCUGAUCUCUAAGGAUGACAGUUUCUUUUUAAAAGGGUUCUUUUUAUUUAUUAUUUUAUUAGUACAUAGACCUGCACACGCCAUGGUGGGCAUGUGGGCAGCCGGAGGACCACUCACAGCAAUCGACUCCCUCGUUCCAUCAUGAGAUGGACUGAGUAAUGGUUGAUGGGGUCUCAGAGGUGAAGGGUGUCUAGGGGACUGUCUUGAGGGCCAAGGUGAGGGGACCAAGGGAGGCUGCUUUGUAAAGAGAAUGAAGCUGAGUGCAGAAGGAGCCACCUCUGAUGAGCUGAGGACUCUCAGUCCUUGUCCCUGGGUGGAGGGGAGGGCGCAGGAGCUCCAUUAAAAAUGCUGUGUCCUCCUGCCUGCCUGACAAUCUGAGUUUAAACCCUUCAACACAGCAGGGAAGGAGAGAACUCAUACCUGCAAUGCUCUUCUCAUUUCCACAUGUUCACUGUGAUGCGGCCCCCACGUGCAUGCACGUGCAUACACACGCACGCACACACACUCAUGUGUACACACAUGUACCAAUAAAAGUAUCUUUUAAAAUAAGCAUCAGAAGGUGCUUUGGAGUUCAAGUUACAGUACUGGUAGUGGGGUCUUCCCGCAGUCAGCUGGUCACACCAUACCUGCUGUCAAAAGCCUGGAGCAACAAUCAUGUGUGUUGCUGGUGCUUGGUACCCACUUUCUGCACACUGUCGGGGUCCAAAUUCCCAGAGGGGAGGAACCUCACCCAGCUCAGCUUCUUCUGGUUGGUUUUCUCAAGUUCCUUUUGUGUUAACCUAAAAGUAGGAAGGUCACGAGGCACCCACAGGACUGCUGAGCUUCCUCCUGCCAUGGGUCGGGGACACAGCUGGAUUAACGCACCUCACAUGAGAUUCUCUCUGCUGUUCCACAGUCCUGGGCCCAGGCAGGCCCAAGAACACCCGGGUGACUUCUUGAGUUUUGUCCCUGAUCUCUGCCUUCUUCUAUUUGUCUUAAGAACAAAAAUGUGACAGGAAGAGGGCUGGGGGUGGGUUCAGCACGUGCAUGUGUGUGGUGAUGGUGGAGGUGGAGAUGAUUGUGGUGGAGGUGGUGAUGGAGGUGGUGGAUGUGGUGGUGGAGGAGGUGGAUGUGGUGGUGGUGCUGGUGGAGGUGGAGAUGAUUGUGGUGGAGGUGGUGGAGGUGGUGGUGGAUGUGGUGGUGGAGGAGGUGGAUGUGGUGGUGGAGGAGGUGGAUGUGGUGGUGGUGGUGGUGGAGAUGAUUGUGGUGGAGGUGAUGGAGGUGGUGGUGGAUGUGGUGGUGGAGGUGUUGGCGGAGGUAGUGGUGGAGGUGGAGGUGGUGGAGAUGGAGGUGGAGGUGUUGGCGGAGGUGGUGGAGGUGGUGGAGAUGGAGGUGCUGGAGGUGGAGAUGAUUGUGGUGGAGGUGGUGGAGGUGGUGGUGAUGGAGGUGGUGGAUGUGGUGGUGGAGGAGGUGGUAGUGGAUGUGGUGGUGGAUGUGGUGGUGGAGGUGGAGAUGAUUGUGGUGGAUGUGGUGGUGGAGGUGGUGGUGGAUGUGGUGGUGGAGGUGGUGAUGGAGGUGGUGGUGGAGGUGGUGAUGGAGGUGGUGGUGGAGGUGUUGGCGGAGGUAGUGGUGGAGGUGGAGGUGUUGGCGGAGGUAGUGGUGGAGGUGGAGGUGGUGGUGGUGUUGGCAGUGAUGGUGGUGUUGGCGGAGGUGGUGGUGAUGGUGUGUGAUGUAUUACAUCCUUAGCAUCCAAAGAAAAAAGUGACAAGAAGAAAUGAAAGAGAAUGAGUUUUUUUUUCUUUUUUAGUCUUCUUCUUUCUUUUUAAAAAAAAUGAAAAGUAAAAAACGGUACAACCCCUCUUCUCUCCAUCUCUCUGUCUCUCUCUCUCUCUCUCUCUCUCUCUCACACACACACAAAUGCACACACACACAGACUCUGUUUUUACACAUUCUGUGUUUUGACACAAGGUCUCACGUAGUAGCUCAGGCUAGCCUUGAACUCACAGACAAUGACCCUGAAUUCUUGAUCCUCCUGCCUCCAGCUCCUGAGUGCCGAGAUUGCUGAUGUGCAUUACCAACCUGGUUUAUGUGGUGCUGGGGAUCGAACCCAGGGCUUUCUGUGUGUGAACCCAAUUCACUCCCCACUGAACCACAUCCCCAGCUCAGACUUUCACACUGAUGUGUGCCUUUUAAUGUCAUUCGUCUCGCUUGGGGUCAAGCCCGUGAUUUCCCAUCUAGCUUCCCAGAACUUGCUGUGAAACAUUCAGAGCCCAAAGACUUUCUCUUCCUCAGAGACCAAAGUGCCCGUGUGGCUCCCAACAGGUCACUCCAUGCCACCCAUAACAGAAAGAAUCCUUAGAACUCAAGUCUCUCCCAGGCUUUCCUCCAGGGCCAAGAUCUAGACCCCAAAGUUCCGGUUCCCUUCUUUAACAAUGUGUGGUCCCUGGGGUUUUUCACAGUGGUGUGUACCGCACUGUAGACAGUGUGUCCUCCUAGAGGACAUAUCUACCUCCAGUCAGUGCUGGGCGUAGGUGACAGGCUGAGCUCCUUCCAGGGUUGCCUAGGGAGGGGAUGGGGGCCUGCUCGAAGCUACCAGUGCCUUCUAUGUGACCUGUGGGUUGACAGGACGGCCUCAGUUACUCAGCAAGGAGAGUAAGAACUCAGAUUCUGAAACCAGACGGUCUGUACUCAGAACUCCUUGUUAGCGGUACAAUACGGGGUUCCCCGGGCUGACCUAAGCUAGGGAA